ACUUGGUGGAGAAGCUUGAUCAGCCACACUGAGGUUCACACAACCAAGCUGGUCACCUGAGAGGUCCUGUGACGGAGAGUCUUGGGUUUUUGCAGAGAAAGUUAUACAAGUGCAGUAUCUACAAUCAUGAUCAACAUGUUAAGUGUUGCCAUUUUUAGCGGAUUGUUCUUUGCAAGCAACCAGCUGUCUGUUGGUGUCCCCUUCCGAAAAUGCUGGACCCAGUGGUAUGACAGAGACGAUCCCAGUGGAUCUGGAGACUGGGAAACUUUCUCCCAGCUUCAUAAAGAGAACCCAGGAAAGAUCUGCCCAAAACCAGCAGCUAUUCAGGCCCAAACUCUAACUGGGCUCAGUGUGGCUGCAGCAGGGGAUGUGAUUUAUAGAAGUGACACAACUACAGGAUUCGUCUGCAGAAACCAAGACCAACGCAACAAGAAGUGUAAUGAUUAUCGCGUUCGUUUCAGCUGCCCUCCCUCCUACUGUAAUGAAGAUGUGUGCUGGACCCCGUGGUAUGACCGAGAUGAUCCCAGUGAAUCUGGAGACUGGGAAACUCUCUCCGAUCUUCACAAAGAGAACCCAGGAAAGAUCUGUGAACAUCCUCAGUACAUUGAGGCUGUUACCACUGACACAAAUACCCCAGCCAACUCCACAGGGGACAUCAUCUUUAUCUCCAGUCCAACCAAGGGAUUUAUCUGCCGCAACGAGGACCAGGAUUGUGGAUGCCUCGACUACAAAGUCCGGUUUGGAUGCCGGUGCUAGAAAAAAAUCCCUGACUCCACCGCAAACACUUCGAUGGAUAAGAAGAGACAACAUUCCAAUUUUGAUCACUUGAAAUGUUGUUUGAUUUUUCAUACAUGUUUUUUAUUUCAUAAUGUGCCAGGUGGAGGAAGUAUAAUAGACCUUUUUUUCCAUCUUAGUUGGAUUGUGUUCGGAAGUGUACUGUGUUUACAACAGAUGGUUUGAGCAGCUAUGACAGUCAGUAGAAGGUACUGGAUAGCAGUUCAACAGUAAUGUUAGAUUUAAAAUACAGAUUUAGUUUGUAGUAAAGUAAAUGUAUACUCUCAAUCUUAUAAGAUGCGUGUUUAUGUGUUGGAUUUAAAUCUAUAAAGUGGUUGUUGACGCAGAAUAAUAUGAAUGAGGAUUUAUUCAAAUCAAGCAUGUUAAGGCUGAGUAUACAUUCAGCCGGUACUACUGAUUUGCUCCUAUUGUAAAAGAAACUAGAAACUUACAAUAGUCGCAUGAAGGUUAGGGAUAUGCUCUAUGGAUGUAUGCCAGAGUGAGAGGUUUGAGGGUAUCUGGAAACUCUUCAAGUUGGAGCUUCAGGGAGGCAAAAGGGAAUAUGUGUCACGACCAAACUAUGGACCUUUUUAUUUGGGGUAAUUGUAAUUGAAUUAAAUCAAACACUAACUAUCAAUCAAACACACUAGUCCAGCUUUCAAAUUGAUGUGACCAAGAACACACUAAAUGACUUAAUUUCAGUGCAACAUAAAAAGGAAAUUAUUUG